AAGAAAACUGUCAGAUGCACAUUUUGUUUACAUCUGUUGCGGCUUUUAAUAUUUGUGAUAGAAACUGAAAAUUUGCGGAAAUAUUUAAUUAAAAAUGUCAAAAACACAUUCGAAUUUAGAAGAUUUGCGAACAUAUUUCAAAACACACGGCAAAAUCCGAGAGCAAAAGGCGCACACAUCGAAGGUGCACUCUGUUGGCUGGAGCUGUGAUGGCAGACGUUUGGCCUCUGGCUCUUUUGACAAAACGGUGGCUGUAUACACACUGGAACGCGAUCGUGUGAGCAAAGAAAAUACAUAUCGCGGUCACACCGGCUCAGUGGAUCAGCUUUGUUGGCAUGCUACAAAUUCAGAUCUGCUCAGUACGGCUAGUGGUGAUAAGACUGUCCGCAUAUGGGACAUACGCGCCGGCAAAUGUUCGACUGUUACAAAUACAAAAGGUGAAAAUAUAAAUAUAACAUGGUCGCCUGAUGGCAAAACCAUAGCUGUGGGCAAUAAAGAGGACUUGGUGACAUUUAUAGAUACGCGCACAAAUAAAAUACGUGCCGAGGAGCAGUUCAAUUUUGAGGUAAACGAAAUUGCGUGGAAUAAUUCGAGUGAUUUGUUUUUCUUGACCAACGGCAUGGGCUGCGUACACAUUUUAAGUUAUCCCAGUCUGGAAUUGCAACACGUAUUGAAGGCUCAUCCUGCCACCUGUAUUUGCAUUGAAUUCGAUCCCACCGGUAAAUAUUUUGCCACAGGCUCAGCAGACGCACUUGUCUCGCUGUGGGAUGCCAAUGAGUUAGCCUGUCUGCGCGUGCUCUCUCGACUGGAUUGGCCAGUACGUACGAUUUCUUUCAGUCACGACGGAAAACUGUUGGCGUCGGCUAGCGAAGAUUUGCUCAUCGAUAUAGCUCAUACGGCAACAGGCGAAAAAGUUGCAGACGUUACUGUAGACGCGGCAACUUUUACAGUGGCCUGGCACCCGAAACAAUAUUUACUUGCCUAUGCUUGUGACGAUAAAGAUGGUAACGAUCGAAGGCGUGAAGCGGGUAAUCUAAAAGUUUUUGGUUUUUCGGAGUAAUUAGGAAAAUGUGAUGGAAAUGAUUUUUAAUAAAUAUGAGCUUAA